AUGCAGUUCAAGCAGCAGGAGAGCAGCGGCUCUGCCGCCGUUCUCGAUGCCAAGUCUCCCGCCCCCGUUGCUCCCGUCAAGAAGGUCUCUUCCACCCUUCCCUUUGGCCAGCCCGUGGCCCUCGCCUCCAUCUCCGGACCGACCUACGUGACUGCCCAGCUGCUCGUUCAGCAGGUCGCCUACCUCCUGUCCGACAAGAUCUUCUCCUACUCCGCACCGACUUUCGAUCUCGAUGUUGCCGCCAAGGCCUGGGCCGAGGCCAAGGAGAAGAACAUCCACGGCGAGGCCACCGACCUCGUCCAGCUGCAGACCAGGACCGGCGCCGGCGCACUCGCUCUGGGCUACAUCUUCAGCCCCGACUUCGACCUGGCCAAGAGACACCUGCCCCAGACUCUGCUUGCGCCUACGCUGAGCUUGAGGAACUUGCGCGCUGCUCUUGACCAGCUGAGCCUCCUCUACGGUGUUGCUUCCCCCUUCGUUGCCCACGUUGCGGCUCUCGACUACGAUGCCGCAAACGGCCUGGUCUCUGACUACGACACUGCGCUGCGCACCGCCGAGGAGCUUGGCCUCGGUCUGGUUGCCAGCUCCAGCGCCUACGAGACCCAGCACAUGGCUCUCUUCGCGACCCUCAUGGCUGCUCUCAUGCCCACUCUUCACAUCUACGACGGUGUAAGACUCGCCCGCGAGACUUCCCGUAUCGUCGACGCGCUGAGCGAGAGCGGCAUUGCCGACCUCUACAAGAACAUCACAUCCGAGUCCACUGGUGUCACAGAGAGAGCCGCCAUCUCUUCCAAGGUUGCCGACCUCCUGGAUGUGUUCAACAAGCACCUCGACCCCACCGAGGACCACGAGAGCCAGCACACCGCUCUGCUUGCCACCCUCAUGACCGCUCUCACCCCCAGCUUGGGCGUUGAGGACGGUGUCAAGCUCGCCAAGAAGACUCUCAAGGCCUCCGACCCUAUGGGCAAGAAGGGCGUUGCCGAGACCUACCAGAAGAUCUCCAGCGAGGUCCAGUCUCUGAACAAGAGGCUCGACGACGCCGGCAAGGUUGUUGAGCUCCUGAAGCUCUUCAACAACGAGCUCGGCACCAACUACGAGCUCUUUGAGUACUACGGACAUGACGAAGCCGAGAACGUCCUCGUUGUCUUCGGCAGUGCCGAGGCCCAGCUCGCGAAGCAGGUCGUCACCCGUCUCGCUGCUGACGGUGCCAAGGUUGCUGCCAUCAAUGUCCGCGUCUACCGCCCCUUCGUCGAGGAGGCUUUCCUGGCUCGCAUUCCCGAGUCUGUCCGCACCGUCUCCGUCUUGGGUCAGGUCAAGGACGACAUCUCCGUCAACGACGCCUCUCUGCAGUCUGCUCUGUACACCGAUGUCCUGACUGCCAUCUCCUUCGCCGGCAAGUGGCGCCAGGACCCUGCCGUCCGGGACGUCAAGUACUCCGCCUCGGAGGCCUUGACCCCCCAGACUGUUGCCGACAUCUUUGGCAAGCUCCAGAACGCCCAGGCCGAGUCCAAGCCUUUCCCCUCUCUGGUCCAGGCCCACCAGUACACCUUCUGGGAUGUCGACGACUCUGCCGCCGCCGACUCGCCCGUCGUUGUCAGCAACCUGCUGUCCCGCGAGUCCACUAGCAACGUGUACGUUCACGAGUCGUUCGACAACCUUACCCAGGGUGGUAUCGUCCGCACCGACAUCCGCAGCUCCAAGAAGGCUGUCGAGGCUCCGUACGCUAUCGAGGAGGCCGACGUCGUUGCUGUCGGUGACGAGAAGCUGCUCAAGGAUCUUGACGUACUCAAGAGCGUCAACGCCAACGGCAAGCUUCUUCUGAAGCUCCCCAACUUCAAGGAGGAGGACGUCGAGAAGCGUCUCUCCCCUGUCAUGCGCAAGCAGAUCCAGGACAAGGGCAUUGAACUCUACGUUCUCGACGUUGCCGCCUCUCCUGCGUUCGAGAAGGAGCCCCAGGUCGUCAAGUUCCUCUUUGAACUUGCGUUCCUCCAGAUCGCCCGCCCCGACAUCUCUGCCGAGGAGGUUGCCAAGAUCGCCCUCAUUGAGGGCUUCCCCAACACCCUCGCUGAGUGCGUCGACGCUCUCGGCCAGUGCCUGCGCAAGGUCGAGUCCCAGGCUGCCUGGGCCGAGCUUCCCGAGGACGUCGUCGUCAGCGCUCUGCCCUCGACCAUCAAGCCUAACAGCUUCGUCGCCUUCGACAAGGAGGAGCCCGAGGUCGAGUCCAAGCUUGUCGACUGGCAGGCUGCUGCCAAGGGUCUCGCUUUUAAGGAGGCGUACGGCACCCAGGCUACCCUGCGCCCCGAGCUGCCCGUCAAGACGUCUACCGUCACCGUCAAGGAGAACCGUCGUCUUACCCCCGCCACGUACGACCGCAACAUCUUCCACAUCGAGUUCGACCUCGGCGACUCCGGUGUCACCUACAACAUCGGCGAGGCCCUUGGCAUUCAUGCCGAGAACGAUGACAACGAGGUCCGCGAGUUCAUCGAGUGGUACGGCCUCGACCCCAACGCCCUCGUCCAGGUUGCCGCCCGCGAGGAUCCCAACGCCUUCGAGACCCGCACCGUCUACCAGUCCCUCAAGCAGAACAUCGACGUUCUCGGAAAGCCGCCCAAGCGCUUCUACGAGGCCCUCGCCGAGUUCGCGACGGACGAGAAGGAGAAGGAGAUCCUCAACGGUCUCGGUGGCCAGACUGGCGCCGAGGACUUUAAGAAGCGUUCCGAGGUCGACACCCUCACGUACGUCGACAUCCUUCAGGAGUUCCCCUCGGCCCGCCCGUCCUUCCACGACCUCGUCCGCAUCAUCUCCCCCCUGAAGCGCCGCGAGUACUCCAUCGCCUCCGCCCAGGCCGUCACACCCAACUCCGUCGCGCUCAUGAUCGUCGUCGUCGACUGGGUCGACCCCAGAGGCCGCACCCGCUACGGCCACGCCACGCGCUACCUCAAGGACCUCCCCGUCGGCGCCAAGGUCACCGUCUCCGUUAAGCCCUCCGUUAUGAAGCUGCCCGCCUCCUCCAAGGCGCCCCUCAUCAUGGCCGGUCUCGGUACCGGUCUCGCCCCCUUCCGCGCCUUCAUCCAGUACCGCGCCCUCCAGAAGGCCCGCGGCGAGGAGAUCGGCUCCAUCCUGCUCUACCUCGGCUCCCGCCACCAGCGCGAGGAGUACCUCUACGGAGAGGAGUGGGAGGCCUACCUCGACGCCGGCGUCAUCACGCACCUCGGCGCCGCCUUCUCCCGCGACCAGCCCCAGAAGAUCUACAUCCAGGACCGCAUGCGCGAGUCCAUGCGCGACCUGGUGCAGAGCUACAUCAAGGACGAGGGCAGCUUCUACCUCUGCGGUCCCACCUGGCCCGUUCCCGACGUCACUGACGUGCUCAUGGAGGCCAUCAACACGGAGGCCAAGCAGAGCGGCAAGAAGGUCAACGCCCGCAACGAGAUUGAGAAGCUCAAGGAGGAGGACCGCUACAUUCUCGAGGUCUACUAG